GCCUGGAGCAGGAGGUACAGAAGCUGAAUGAAGAGAUCAGUGCAACCCAGCAGGAGGUGACGUUCCUGAGCACGUACAUGGACCACGAAUAUUCUGUCAAGUCAGUGCAGAUUGCCAAUCACACGCGCCAGCUGCAGCAGGUGAAGGACAAACAGCAGGAAGAGCUGGAUAACCUCUUUGAGAUGCGCAAAAAGGCCCUGGACUCUUUGUGCGACAUGAUUAGAGAGAAGGAGAAAGAAAUUCUGCAGUCUCUGAUGAUCAAAAUCCAGCAGCCUUGUGAGACACGUCUUCGGCAGAAGGCCCAGAAUAGCCAGAACAUGCAGAAAAGCAUGGUCUUUCUCCAAGAUGUAAGUGGAAAAGGGCGGCCAGGGUCUGUAUGUGAGGGAGAAGCCAAGCGGG